UUUGCCUCAGGAUAUUGACUGCUCACUGGGUAGCCUUGGUGAUCUCAGAGCUUGAAUAUUCCCAGGAGCUCUCUGAAGAUUGUUCCUAGAACAUCUGGGACUCCAGCUUCCUAAAGGCAGCAUGUGACACAGACUCAUACUCUACACAGAUGACUUGGGCUGGGCCUUCAGCAGCGUUCUCUCCUCAGCACCCUCAUACCCUCUACAAUCCUAGAUUACCCCCCCCCCCCUUCCCGAGGACUCCAUCUCCUUCAAUUCUUUACUUCUCUGGGCCCCAUUUUUGGUUCUUAGUACUCAUGGAAUUAGGUUCCUAGUACUUGUGGAAUUAGGCAGGGGACCCUCUAUCCUUCCAGAGCUCAGGCCUCCUCUUCUGAUAGGACAUUGUCCACAGGUUCCCAUGAUCACCCAUAUCUUAGCUUCAUUGAAAGUUGGCCUUGAGCAUAAGGAUAUCUAGAAGCAAAAUUGUGGCAGUUUCCAGAGAUCUGGACCAUUGGGUGGUCAUUGGGUACCUGCAGGUAGUUGAGUACCUAAGGCCAUCCACCUAAGAUGAGGUCCUCCUAGCAACAUACCCUCCCCACAGGCCUUUGUGUGAGCUCCCAUCUCAGAACUCUACAAUUCACUGUGCCAGAAAACAACUAAACAUCAGGGGUAGGGAAGAACCUGGACUGACCAAAGUAGGUGGGGAAAAAUCCACUGGGGUUAUUGAGUCUGGUCAAUAAGGAUAUCUCAGCCCAAUGGGCAUGAGGUAGACCAGGGGCUGUUUGUGUUACUGCCAACACUCCCAGUCCAGUCCAUUCCAGUGUGAUACUCCUUGCCCCAACCUUAGAUAUUACCAGCCCUUUAGACCAACAUUUUCUUCUGUGUUACCUGGUCAAAGCUUCUUGAGACCCCAUCUUUCCAAGCACAGAUGAAGACUAGAGGCUUUCUUCCUGAGGUAUAAAAUAAAUGGUACCCAAGCAGGUACCCACAAUCUAUUGUGACUGGGUCCCUAAUAUUAACUGACUCCAACAUCUAGGCUGUUUCCCAGGCCUGCCUAGCUCUGACCUUGUACCCCUGCUUCCUGGACUUCAGAACAAGGAGUCCCCCAAAGGCAGCAGGAUGCUGAAGCAGCAGCAGAUGGGAACCUUGCAUGAAACAACUGUGAGAAUAUAGGUGAGAUGGAAGAAGAAGGAACAGGACAUUGGUGGGCACAGAGAUGGGGCAGAAAGGAGCAAAUGGUUGUAUCUUAAAGUGGGCUAGACUCAGUGAAGAGACCCUGAGCAUGCUUUGGGAUCAGGUGGGCAUACUUACUUUCCAGAGAAGAGGGGUUUGAGUACCUGAGCAUCUAUGCUUAGUCUGGAAUCCUAAGACAAGAGGCCUGGCUCUAACCCUUCCUCUGGCUCUCCACCCAAUUCUGAGUCUGCCAGGGAAGAGAACAGCCAAUUGCAUCAGUUCAGAGCCACACCCCCCAGCCACCAUGUUCUGGAGGGUAUAAAUAAACCUGCUUCAAACCUCAUGGCCUGAGAAUUCACACCUGUCUCAGGCAGCCACCUCCUGGAUGAACACAGGCAUCAUACCUCCACUCCCACAUACACACAGAAGAGGUGUGGUGGCCAGACCAGUGCCACCGGAAGGCUGUCAGCUGCUAGCCUUUAGAGGAACACCUGCCAGGUAGAGCAGAGGCUGAGACGGACCUGAAAGAGGGGAAACCAGCUCUAGCCAAGAGCUGGUCAAUCUAGAGACACAGAGCUUUGCUGUGACCAGUGAAGAGGAUCAUGCCCAGGAACUGCUGACCCCAAGCUACCAGUUCAGAAUCAUGUCGUCAGGCCAGCGGCUAUGGCGUACAGCUCUGCCACCCUACCGCCAGAACAGCUCCACAGCCUCAGUGCCCAGGUCCCCUGGCUCAAGUGGCAGCCCCAAGUGCCCCAGUACUCCUGACUCAGGUGGCAGCCUCAAGUCCCCCAGUACUCCUGGCUCAGUGAAGGUGGCCUCUCCAUUGGAGUGUUCCAUCUGCUUCUCAGGCUAUGACAAUAUCUUCAAGACACCCAAAGAGCUUUCCUGUGCUCAUGUCUUCUGUCUUGAGUGCUUGGCUAGGCUGGCAGCUGCUCAGCCUGCAGGCCGUCCUGGCAGAGAAGCUGUGCCCUGCCCAUUCUGCCGACAGCCCACAACUGUGCCUGCUGCUGGGGCUCCUGCACUGCGCACCAGUCGUCAACUACAGGCAAAGAUGCCAGCGCACCUACAGAGAGAGGAGCCUGUGUGGCUUGAGGGCACCAAACUGUGUUGCCGCCCCUUGCCCACCACUUCUGGCCAAGAGGCCAGUGACUUUGUGUGUGUGGAUGUAGGCCUGAGCAAACCAUCUGAGCCCACCCUACCUGCACCUGUCCAAGACCCUGCACCCAACCCAGGUCGUCUGGCCCGCUGUUGGGCACGCUUUGGGGACUGGCGUCGUGUAGCACUGGUUUCUGUGCUGUUGCUGGUGCUAUUUUGUGUGAUACUCUGGCCUGUGCAGUGUGCACUCAAAACUGGAAAUCUGCGUUGCAUUAACCGGCCACCUGCAGCCACUGUCACCACCACUGUUACCACCGAUGCCCUCUCCCUUGAGCUCUUAGCCAACAGCUAGGGUUACCACUUGGGCUAGGCCAGCUAUUCCAACAGCUCUAUGGAUGGGUCUCUGACCCACUGAGAUCAAGAAUACAGCAACUUUUGAAGUUAGUUGGUCCCCCAGAAUCCCAUAUAGGACACAUGUGUCCUUUACUCUCCAGGACUAAGUGCCAGUGAGGAGCCAAUGAGGACAAAAGAGUCCUCAAAGCCUCUAAGAACUACAGGCUUCUAAACGCUCCAGAAAUUGCCCUGGGACCCUGUCAUACAAAUGGGGAAAGGAAUCCAGGGAUUUCUGGUCAGGUGCCUGGUCUUCCUGAACACAUUGAACUGCCAAAACAGGAGUUUGCCAUCCUUUCUUUCUUAAGACACUACUGGGGAUGCUGAGCAUCUGGUUCUCUAAGAGUGAAAAUGAAAAGGAAAGACACCUUCUGCCCCUGCCAUA